GAUCCACAUAAUAAUUUCGCGCGCUGCAUCGCUCCGCAUUAUUGGCUCAAACUCUGCUUACUUCAACACGUACCCACUGCCGUCUGUCACUCAUCAUGAGCAGCUCAGGGGGAUACUCGGGGACUGGAACCCAGGCGGACAAGGACAACCACGCAGACCAGUGCAAUCCCAACAACGCACAGUACGCGGGUCAUGAAAAGGGAUACACUGGAACUGGCACCAAAUCUGAUUUGGACAACCACGCAGACCAGUGCAAACCCAACGACGCACAGUACGCGGGUCAUGAGAAGGGAUACACUGGAACUGGCACCAAAUCUGAUUUGGACAACCACGCAGACCAGUGCGAUCCCAACAACGCAGAGUACGCGGGUCAUGAGAAAGGAUACGCUGGAACUGGCACAAAAUCUGAUUUGGACAACCAUGCCGACCAACUCAACCCCAACAACUCCAAAUACACGCCCAAAGGUGGAAAGUGAAACACAUUUGGAAGACACUUUGAGAGACUGUAGAAAGAAGACAUUAUACGCAAUUGCUGUAGUAUUAUCAUUGUUAGAUUAGUUCUUAGGCCAUGUAUAGAAUAUUGAGCACAUGAAAGUUUGUGUGCACGCUAUAGACUGAAAUAAUAAUCAUGCACUCAACUAGACGUAGCUACUGAAGAAUGAAGUAUCGUCAGGUACGA